AUGAGACAAGUCCAACGUGGUGUCUUUCUCACGAGCUCGAAAAAGCUUCUCUAUGCACAUUCUCCGCUAAAAAGGGCUUAUCCACCCGACGGCCUCACAGUUGAAAAACUGCUGACCGAUAGCCAUACGAGAAGAGAACGGAUUCUCACCAUAUAUCGGAACCUGAUCCGGCUCUCAGCGUAUCUGCAGUUCCACACGUACAUGAAGAAGGUGUUUUGCGAGUUGGUGAGGGUGAAACUCAGACAAGAUUACGAGUAUCGGAAAGCAAUACUCCUGCCUGGCGGAAAAAUCCGGGACGUAGAUAGGACAAAUGUGGAUGGCAAAGACGCCGAGAACGCCGAAAGGCGUCUAUGCGAGAGACUUGUAAAUACCGUCAACUUUGUCCACAACGCAGCGUUGGACAGCGUGGCAAACGAAACAGCACGACCUGUGUCAAUGGAAUUCAAGAUCUUGAGUUCCAUCCUACAGUACGAAGUGUCCAAGGCGCUCCCGUCGGGUCUCAAAGGCAAACUCCAGGACAAUUUCAUCAGUAUGGAGAAGUUCAUGGAAUUCCGUCAGAUAGAAAGGUCGUGGAACAUGCUUGGAGUGGAGGAAGGUCGCCGCGAGAACUUGUGGUGGAUAGACAACGGGAUGAUGAAAAACGAAGUCUGCUUUGAAUACCUGGAAGAGCUAAAAAAUCUCAAAACCAACCAGAAAACUUUUAUGAACAAGAUGGCCGGCUCAAUAUUAGACUUUGAGAGAUAUCUUGUUUUUCUUAACGAGGAGUCAAAGCUUCUCCUAUAA